GCCGCGCGCCAGCCGCGCCGAGAGCCGCGCCGCCCCGCCGCCAGCAGGGACGCCCGCCCGCCCGCCGCCCGGCCGCUAUGGAUCUAUUCGACUUUUUCCGGGACUGGGACUUGGAGCAGCAGUGUCACUACGAACAAGACCGUAGCGCACUUAAAAAAAGGGAAUGGGAGCGGAGGAAUCAAGAAGUCCAGCAAGAAGACGAUCUCUUUUCUUCAGGCUUUGAUCUUUUUGGGGAGCCCUACAAGACAAACAAAGGCGAUGCACUUGCCAACCGAGUCCAGAACACGCUGGGAAACUAUGACGAAAUGAAGGAUUUGCUAACUAACCAUUCUAAUCAGAAUCAUCUCGUGGGGAUCCCAAAGAAUUCCGUGGCCCAGACUCCCAUCAACAAAAGCGAAUCAAGUUUUUUUCCGGAACAAAAGAACCGAAUGAUCCCUCCUCACCAGGACGGCGCUCACCCCCCGGCACCAAUGCCUCCGCCUUCAGUCGUGAUACUGAACUCGACUCUGAUACACGGCAACAGGAAAGCAAAACCCGACUGGCCACGAGAUAGCCACAGUGCGAGCGUCACGCCAGCCAGCCAGGCCAGCGGGCAGCCGAACACGGUGCAAACGUCCACGCAGGACCAGCCCCAGGCCAGACUGGAAGACUUCUUCGUCUACCCGGCCGAACAGCCUCAAGUUGGCACAGUGGAAGAACCAAACCCAUCUGCCAAGGGAGAGGGUAAUGUCAAGCCCAGUGGAGGGGAUGCGUUCAAAGAGAUCUUUCAGUCGAGCUCACCGGAAGAACCUGAAUUUACGGUGCCCGCGCCCGGGUCCCCCCUCCUGGCCUCCUCGCUCUUAGCUCCCAGCAGUGGCCUUUCGGUUCAGAACUUCCCUCCGGGGCUAUGCUGCAAAACGAGCAUGGGGCAGCAAAAGCCAACGGCCUAUGUCAGACCCAUGGACGGCCAGGACCAGGCACCGGACAUCUCCCCGACGCUGAAACCUUCCAUCGAAUUUGAGAACAGCUUUGGGAAUCUGUCUUUCGGAUCACUCUUGGAUGGAAAACCCAGUGCAGCCAGUUCAAAGACUAAACUGCCCAAGUUCACGAUUCUGCAAACAAGUGAAGUAAGCCUUCCCAGUGAUCCAAGCUGUGUUGAAGAAAUCUUGCGGGAAUCCCAACACCUGACCCCAGGAUUCACCUUACAAAAGUGGAGCGACCCAACUGGCAGAGCUUCUACAAAGAUGCUUGAGGAUGACCUGAAGCUGAGCAGCGAUGAAGAUGACCUUGAGCCUGUGAAGACCUUGGCCACGCACUGCACUGCCACUGAGCUCUACCAGGCUGUUGAAAAGGCAAAACCUAAGAAUAAUCCUGUGAACCCACUCCUGGCCACUGCUCCGCCCCCAUCUGCAGUGCCAGCCAGCGGAGGGUCUGGCAGCUCCAGUGACUCAGAGAGCAGCUCUGAGUCCGACUCAGACACCGAAAGCAGCACCACCGACAGUGAAGCCAAUGAGGCGCCUCGCGUGGCCACGCCAGAGCCCGAGCCUCCCUCAACCAACAAGUGGCAGUUAGACAAAUGGCUUAACAAGGUCACAUCCCAGAACAAGUCGUUUAUUUGUGGCCAAAAUGAAACACCCAUAGAGACCGUUUCUGUGCCUCCUCCCAUCAUCCAGCCGAUGGAAGUCCAGAUCAAAGUGAAGACAAACCCCAGCCAGGUCCUGGCUGAACCCAAAGAAAGGCCUCUCCUCGGUCUCAUUAGGGAGAAAGCGCGUCCUCGGCCCACCCAGAAAACUCCAGAAACAAAGGCGUUGAAGCAUAAGUUGUCAACAUCUGUUGACACAGCUUCUCAGAGGACAAUUGGGAAAAAACAGCCCAAAAAGGUUGAGAAGAACGCCAACACCGACGAGUUUACCUGGCCCAAACCAAAUAUCACCAGCAGCACUCCCAAAGAAAAGGAAGGUGUGGAGCUUCCUGAGCCGCCGAGAAGCCGCAGCAAAGCCACAGCCCACAAGCCAGUCCCUAGGAAAGAGCCCAGGCCUAACAUCCCCUUGGCUGCUGAGAAGAAGAAAUACAGAGGCCCUGGCAAGACCGUACCCAAGUCCCGGGAAUUCAUUGAAACGGAUUCAUCGACGUCCGAUUCCAACACGGAUCAGGAAGAGACCCUACAGAUCAAAGUCCUGCCUCCUUGCAUUGCUCCUGGGGGUAACACGGUCAAGUCCAAGGAGACCUGUGGUGCCAGCCUGACCCUCAGCACCCUAAUCAGCAACAGCAGCAGCAACUUACCCGCCAGCAAUGAGGAGCCCACGUUUUCACCCAUCCCUGUCAUGCAAACUGACCUCCUGUCCCCUCUACGAGAUCAUGAGAAUCUGAAAAAUCUCUGGGUGAAGAUUGACCUUGACUUACUAUCUAGAGUACCUGGCCACAACUCACUGCAAGCAGCUGCAGCCAAGCCAGACCACAAGGACAAGGAGACUGCCUCAAAACCCAAGCGCCAGACUGCGGCCACAGCUGCGGAGAAGCCCACCCCCAAGGGCAAGCGUAAGCACAAGCCCACAGACGUGGCAGAGAAAAUCCCGGAGAAGAAGCAGCGCCUAGAGGAGGCCUCAGCUGUCUGCCUGCUCCCCCCUUGCAUCUCCCCAGCCCCACCUCAGAAGCCUCCCAGCACUAAAGAAAACAGUUCAUCCAGGAGAGCAAACAGAAGAAAAGAGGAAAAACUGUUCCCUCCUCCACUUUCCCCACUGCCAGAGGACCCUCCACGCCGCAGAAAUGUCAGUGGGAAUAAUGCCCCCUUCACUUCAGACAAGAACAUCCCAAUUAUUGGACAGAUCAUCUCCACCAAACCUAAAAGGAGUGAAGGGAAAUUCUGUGCUACUUUCAAAGGGAUCUCCGUGAAUGAGGGUGACACUCCAAAAAAGGCGGCCUCUGCCACCAUCACUGUCACCAGCACUGCUAUUGCCACGGCCACUGUCACUGCUACUGCCAUUGUCACUGCCACUGUCACCGCCACCGCCACCGCCACUGCCACCACCACAACCACCACCACUACCAUUUCCACCAUCACUUCCACCAUCACUACCGGCCUCAUGGAUAGCAGUCACCUGGAGAUGACGUCCUGGGCAGCCCUGCCCCUGCUGUCCAGCAGCACCGCCAAUGUCCGAAGACCCAAGCUCACUUUUGACGAUUCGGUUCACAAUGCUGAUUAUUACAUGCAAGAGGCUAAGAAGCUAAAGCACAAGGCUGAUGCACUGUUCGAGAAAUUUGGCAAAGCUGUGAAUUACGCCGACGCGGCCCUGUCCUUCACCGAAUGCGGCAACGCGAUGGAGCGGGACCCUCUGGAGGCCAAGUCCCCGUACACCAUGUACUCUGAGACCGUGGAGCUGCUCAGGUAUGCAAUGAGGCUGAAGAACUUCGCCAGUCCCUUGGCCUCAGACGGGGACAAGAAGCUGGCAGUGCUGUGCUACCGGUGUUUGUCGCUGCUCUACCUGCGGAUGUUUAAGCUGAAGAAAGACCAUGCCAUGAAGUACUCCAGGUCACUGAUGGAAUAUUUUAAGCAAAAUGCUUCCAAAGUCGCUCAGAUACCAUCUCCAUGGGUAGGCAAUGGAAAGAACACUCCGUCCCCAGUGUCCCUCAACAACGUCUCUCCCAUCAACGCAAUGGGGAACUGUAACAACGGCCCAGUCACCAUCCCCCAGCGCAUCCACCACAUGGCCGCCAGCCACGUCAACAUCACCAGCAACGUGUUACGGGGCUAUGAACACUGGGACAUGGCUGACAAACUGACGAGAGAGAACAAAGAAUUCUUCGGCGAUCUGGACACGCUGAUGGGGCCUCUGACCCAGCACAGCAGCAUGACCAACCUUGUCCGCUACGUUCGCCAGGGACUGUGCUGGCUGCGCAUCGAUGCCCAUUUGUUGUAGUGGGCGCUCCCCCACCUCUAGCAUUGCCGCCCAUCGCCUACCUCUGCCAGAAGCACCCCCGGUCGCUGGUGGAACGCCUCUCAUUUGGGAAAGUUCUCUUUGAUUAUGUUUGUUUUAAUAUGCUUCUUUUGAUAUCUGUGAAAAACAGAAGUCAUUGUAAGUGGACACUACAACUUGAGAGCAGUGUAUGUUUUAUUACUUAGUCAUUUUUCACUAUUUUAUAUGCAUCUGUCAGAUCCCACCAUCCUUUUGUGCUUGAUGGAAUGACCCAGUCCCUACAGUCUUGUUUAAGUCCACACUACCCAAAACACAGGAUGGAAAGCACUUGUGAUGAUAACAGGUUCUAGAAAUGAAAUGGUCAUAUAUGUGUACAUGUGUAUAUCUACAUAUAUAUAUAUUUCAUUUCAUUAUCUAGAUAUGAACUUAGACACAAAGGACCUACCUGCAAAGAUUCAAAUUUUCAGCAAUAGCCAUUCCUCAAACUGGUGUCCAGAAAACAACGUGUUUCAGAAUCCAUUGUUAAACUUUUGUGGUUCCCACAGACUCAAUCUUCAGGUGAGAAUUUCCAUUGUCAAAACCCAGCAGUUAGAGGGCAUCGCAAAACCAUAACAUCCGGGGUGUUGAGGAGAUAAAUGAGCACGGCAGGCCACGCUUCUGCUGCCGCUGUGACCACGCCCUAGGGGCUUGUUUGGGGUCAGCAGCCCUCUCCUGAAUCCCUAUUUUUUUUAAAUUUUUAUGGUGCGCAGGAGGGGUGACGUUCAUGUUGACAACUUCAUGACAUCCAGCGGCAUGAGUAUUUUUGAACUCCGACAUUUGAAGGGUAAAUCCUCACCUGGAUUCUCUUUGUGUGAAGCUCUCCUUCUGAGGGGCAAUUGACUGGGUUUCCGCCCUAGUGGCCAAAAUGCUGUAGUUCAGUUUUUAGCGAGGAGAGCAAGGAGAGGUCUGGAGAACGCCCAAGGACGUGGCACCUUGGCCACUUUUGCAGCCGGUAGGUUGGUCCAUAACUGGCGGGAUUUUUUUUUAAAUUGUAUUUUGUUCAAAUCUCCAGAAACAAAGGUCAGGUGCUCACUACCUAGAAGAAUCUACAGUUUGCUUCCCAGUGGCUUUAAAAUUCUGACUGCCCUAAUUAUUGUCCACAUUUCCUAUUUUAUGGGCUCUUUUUUUUGUUCUUCCUUUUUCUUUUGUCUUUCUUUUCUUUCACUUUUUUUUUUCUUUUGGUUCAUUAGCUUUUGACUGAAAUGCAAUCACUGAUUUUAUUCAAUGUCUAUAUUAACAUAAAUCAUUUCCAUGAAAGUUCCAAAGAAAACUCCAAACUCUCCAAGAAGUAGCUAGCCUUUUAACAAAGAAAACAAGUCUUGGGGUAAUGUUCCACCCUAGGGUGCUUGGAAGGAGCCCUGAAGAUUGGGAACAGGUCACCUAAUUUCCACAUCAGUUGCAACUAUCCCCACCCCUUAUGGUCCUCUGUGUUCACUUUAUGUCUCUAAACAUCACAAUGUAAAUAUCAUCUUUGGUGUUCCAGGAGAACCCCCAUGUGUAGUCAACACUAGCCAUACAUUAGUUCUUUGUAAUUACCUGCCGGUAUAUAAUUCCACGUAGCCUUUAAUCUGCUGAGUUACUGAAUUCUGUUCACUGAAUUACGACCAGAUAAAUAAUAGUUACAUACCUAUGAAAGAUGCAAACUUGUAUGAUUUUAGAAGCAAGUCAUGCAAGUCAGAGACAAGAACAGCAAGGGAUCACGCUGCACUCUUUAUUGUCAUGGUUAGAUGUAGCCCCGGUUGCAAAAGAGCGAGACCUGAGCUCCACUCUGGUCAUCCUUGAGCUGAGGGCCCUUUGUUAUAGAAUAAGGCUGUGGAAGUUGUGCUCCAGUGGCUGAGGCUGCGUUCAGAUGGCCGCUGGGGGCGUCCUGGCCGCUGGCGCCAGCACAUUUCAUGUCCCCAGUGCACGUGAGCUUCACAUGCGCAGCCUCAACGCCAACACACACACACGUGUAGAGACACGCACAUACAAAUGAAACCUGAGGCGUGUUCUGAGCCUCUUCAGUGAGGACUAUGACAACAGGAAAGACUCAACACCCAAGGUGGGUGUCACAUAGAAAAAUGAAGCUGAUGGCUUUGUAGUGACUCAAGUUCUCCGUUCAUUCCCACGGCUUACCAGGUAGAGCGCCUGGUUUUUACUAUAUAAUGAAGCCCACUGGCUUGACUUGUAAGUUCAACCUAGACCACAUCCUAGACCAUCAUGGAUUUAGGAGUAGAUUCUUCUUGAAAUUCAGUCUUCAGAAACUAGACAUUAGAAUGGUAGAGGCAGUUUCCCAGGAAACGUGCAUGUGGCCCAGUGAAGGAAGGACUUCCAGGGGCUCUAGUUGCCGCAAGUUGUUCUAUCUACUUUGCAUACAACAGGGGGCAGCAGAGAAUCCUGCUGCUUGAUGUCGCCUCUGGUGGCUGAGUGUACAGUGUGCGCCAAGUCAGCAGCACAAGGAUCAAAUCUGACAGUUGAGCGCAGGAUCACCACCUGAUUGUUUAGCAUACUCAGUUUUAAAGCAGCUUAGAAACCGAUUCAUCUUGGAGGAUGAGUUGCCUUCUUCUCCCUGGAGCUGGGACAUCGUUCGGCUUCAUGAGGACCGUUGCUGGUGUCCAGGCACCAUGUCCAUCACGCUGUAAAUGGUGACGCAUGUCAUCGCUGUGCUGCUAUUUGAGGGGUUGAUUUUGUCAAGUGAAUCACUUCAGAGCCCCAGUUCGUGGGAGGGAUAUAAGACAUGUGGCUGGCAGCGAGAGACCCGUGCCUGGGGCCUUGACGGAGGCGGGGUGGGACCCAUCUCAAUGAGCACACGGUGGCAGGAGAGCAGGCAGGGGCCUGGCAACGCCACCUGAGCAAGUCCACAGAGGAUCUCAGCCCUGCGGGGCCCAGGCAGGGCCACCACUAUGCCUUCCUUUGUCACCCAAGCUCCAACCACAGAGAGUUUGACAGGUUUGUGUUAGGGUGUUGGCUUGGCUUUGUAUUUUUAAGUAACUUUGGAUUUUUUAGUGGUUUUGUCAUAUUACUGUCUGAGUUUGGUAGGUAGGAUUAAUUUGAAAAGAGUAUACUAGUGUGGUCCUCGGGGUAGAAUUUAGCCGUGAGCAUGUUGUUAGCCAGCCUGUAGAUUGUUAAUUACUUAAUAAUCUCAUUGGGAAAAUACUAGUAGUUUUAUAUCUGGAUGACAUCAUUGGGAUAGCAGAUUAGCUGCUGCUAACUUUUAAAAGACUUGAGGUCGAGAUGCCUUUAUUCCAUGUAAUGACAUCACAAAGAUCUGGGCCUUCAGUCACGCACUGAGUGGCUAAAUUAGAAAAACCAUGGGCUAAAAUGCAUUUUGUUGAGUUUCCAAAUAGACGGCGUCUCACGCGGGCAUCGCAUCGCGAAGUGCGCUGGAAAGAUCCUUUUCCUCCCGCAUCUUUCCCAAAACUCUCCUUUUAUCCAAAUGUGCAUCCCGGAGGUUGAAGCUGGAGUGUGACGUCGGAAAGUAUUUUUGAAGGCAGAAUCGACUUAGCCGUGAGGGUGAAGACCUCACAGACUUCUCAACCGACAUGAUACACUCCACCUGCGUGAGCGGGCAGGCGGGAGACCCACCCUGGACUGCUGGGUAAGACUACUCGGUGAGGCAGUGACUUGCUCGCUUAGAGAAGCUUCACUCUCCCCGUUGAGAAAAUGUGUGGCGAGACGCUGUCGUUACACAGUUUCAAAUGAAGGGGUCGAUCCAGUGCCCCCAAGUCAAUUCUGUGGGGUGGCACUCGAGCCAGUUGUCAUGCUCUGCUACACGACUGGCAGACUCACUCCGUCGUCGUCGUCAUGGUCGUCCUCAUCUCCACUCGCACAGCCUUAUUCUCAUAAUUAAACGGAUUCAUGUUCUCUUUGGUGUUAGCAAACUCCAACAGAAAUGGCUUCUGUGUAUUGAUAAUCAGCAUUUAUCCUGGCAGGAGGCUAAUCGGAUAGGCUGGUCAGACAUUAGUCUGAUAUUUUCGGGGAAAGAAAAAGUAUUAAUUUCCUUCCAUGCUCCUCCUCACAGAUCUAGAAACACUCUUGACCAAAAACAUCCCAUUUUCCUCUGUAAUCCAUCGACUGAAAGAAAAUUGCAUUGUGGGG